AUGCCGAUAAACGAUGAUCGGAAGAAACGGCCUAAAAGGGAGUAUGCAGAUGCUACUCAGUCAGUAGAACCAACAAUGCCGAUAAACGAUGAUCGGGAGAAGCGGCCUAAAAGGGAAUAUGCAAAUGCUAGUCAGUCCAACGACCAAAAGUAUACCCAGCGUAGAGAUCUUCGUUCCGGAUAUCUUUCAAUUCAGAGUUACAUUCGUGGUAGAAGAGAUGAGAUAGCAGCUGCUAAUUCGAAGGAAUUCAUCUCCAUUAUAGAUGAAGUCGACGGAAUGCAUCAUCUAGUCAAUAAACCAAGAGAGCAAGUAUCAGAUGCAGGAGCACUACGAGAUCUAGCUAGCACAUUGGUGACUUCCAUCAAGGUGCAUAACAUCGGAAGUGUAACUCCAUCACUAUUUGUUUCAAGUUUGAUCAGUCGAUUUGGGAAGAAGAAGAAAAGAAGAAGAAUCACUGAAAGUGACCAGAUUCUCUGGAAAGAUAUCGGUUUGCAUGCUUCUCCUCUGUUCAUGACUUUCCAGGGUCCCUGCAGCAUGCUUGGACACAUGAAUCAUGAUACCCAACCACCAAAAAAACGAAAACGUUCAAGGUCAUCUCUGAAGGAAAAGAAGGUGAACGUGAAACCAAAAGAGAUUAAGGAUACAGUCUCUAAAGAGAAGACAGACACUGAGAAAAUCGUUGCAACAAUGUUUGAUAUCCUUAAAACCAACAAAAAAGUUUGUCUUGGAAACAUUGUUUUAAACAGAAUCUCAUUUGCACAAACUGUGGAGAACUUGUUUGCCUUGUCAUUCUUGGUGAAAGAUGGGAGAGUUUUGAUAACAGUAGAUGAAAAAGGCUCUCAUUUUGUUUCACCAACAAACGCUCCUUAUGCUCGUAUGAUAACUUCUGGGAAAGUGGCAUAUUCUCAAUUUAUGUUUAAGUUUGGGUUCGUUGAUUGGAAGUUGAUGAAGGAUUCAGUGGGUGGAGGUUGCGAGUUGAUGCCACAUAGGAUGAAGGUGGAUUCUUGUGGAGGCUGUGAAUUAAAACCAGAUCUUAAAGAAGGAAACAGCCACGGGGCUACAAUAACCACCAUAAAAACGGAAUCAAGAAAUCAAGAAGGGUCUCAUGAAACUGGCAAUGAGCAGAUGUUUAUAUAUGAUAAACCCGAAACCUUGCUAGUCUACAGAAGGAGAGGAAGAAGAAUAUAUAAACCCCAAACCUUGUUAGUCUACAGCAGGAGAGAAAGAAGGAAACCCAUGACUUAA